AUGUAAUAAAAAUCUUCCACUUAUGUUAGAUAGGCCCUGACGCAAAUUGCUUUUGAAAUGGGAAAGCCCAUAUCUUUAGUAGAACCAUAUAUUGAGAUACUUGAGGAAAAUUGGUAUGAGACAAAGGAGUAAAUAAAAAUGAUGAAAUAGGAAAAUUUCGAUGAAUUUAAGAUUCCAAAGAGAAUUGGUCAACUAUUAAUGGAGUUUGUUCAAAGAGCUGAUGAUAUGAAAUAAAAUUGGCAAUUAGAAUUAACAAAAAUCAUUUCAGAAAUCUCAGAUUAGGAUUAACUUUUUAAAACAUUGGAAAUAAUUUUUAAAAUAAUUUCCAAUGUUAUAAUGAGCCCACUAAGUUAGGAUAAGCAAAAGAUAAAUAUCUGCUCUAAAACUCUUUAAAAUAACAUACUGAAAUACCCAUCUGCAUUAAAUUAUUUAAGUAAAUUGGGUUGGAAGAUUGAAGCAGAAUUUUUAUUGGUCGAAUAUAAAAUGGACAAUUAGAAUGACUGGAAAGAAGCCGUAGAAGAAUUAGUCAACUAUACUUAAAAAAAGUCAGGAUUCAAUCCACAGAAACCAUCAGUUCAUACGUCUUCAUAAAAUGUCUCAAUCACUUCAGAAUUGGCCAAAAGUGAAGGCUAUGAUGUUUAUUCCUUCUCUUAGAAGCUUGAGUAAUUACAUCAAAGAAGAUUUGAAAUUAUGAAUUAACCCAUUACUAAUAGAGAAAUCAAAGUGUUUAUUGGUAGGAAAUAACAAUCCCCUGUACAAUUGCAAUAACAAAUUCAAGGAUAGGAGGAUUAUGAAGAAGUCUAACCUUAGAAGGACCAAUAACUUUUAAAAUUUCUUUAAUAAGUUGCUUAAUCACUUGAAGAAUAGCAGUUUGCUUCUAAAAGAAAGAAGGAAUACGAAGAGCUUCUUAAUAAACCAAUAUUCUGCAAAACAGACAUUAGAGUCUAAUUUCCAAAUAGUAUGAUUGUUCAGGCUAUCUUUGGUCCCCUUGAAACUUUGUAAGCCUUGUAUGAUUUGAUAAAGGAUAUGUUAGUAAAUAGUAACCUUGAGUUCUAUUUGUAUACUUCCCCUCCUCCUCUGAGAAUGACAUAGAAGUACUUAAAACAAACUUUUGAUGAUUUAAGUUCGGUUCCAAAUGGGCUAUUUUAUUUUGGAGUUGAAAAGCAAACAUCUGAAUUCUAUUUGAAAGAGGAAUGGAUGAAAUAAGCUAAAGAAUUAUGA